AUGGCUUCUCAUGGCGGUCACUCGUCCUCGACGACUAACCUCGUUGGUGUCCAUUACCGCGUAGGCAAGAAGAUCGGAGAGGGCUCCUUCGGUGUCAUCUUUGAAGGGACAAAUCUGCUCAACUCGCAGACCGUUGCUAUAAAGUUUGAACCACGCAAGUCGGAUGCACCGCAGUUGCGAGAUGAGUGUCGGUCGUACAGGAUCUUGGCAGGAUGUCCUGGAAUCCCGCAGAUUUAUCAUUUCGGACAAGAGGGUCUGCACAAUAUCCUCGUUAUAGACUUGUUGGGUCCGAGCUUAGAGGACCUGUUUGACAUGUGUGGACGCAAGUUCUCCAUCAAAACGGUCUGCUUGACUGCACGACAGAUGAUUUCGCGGGUCCAGACCAUCCACGAGAGGAACCUCAUCUACCGUGACAUCAAGCCGGACAACUUCCUCAUCGGGAGGCCGGGGACGAAGAACGCGAACCUCAUACAUGUUGUUGAUUUUGGGAUGGCGAAGCAGUAUCGUGAUCCGAAGACGAAGCAGCACAUUCCGUACCGUGAACGGAAGAGUCUAAGCGGCACGGCACGUUACAUGAGUAUCAACACACAUCUUGGUCGCGAACAGUCACGGAGGGAUGACCUUGAAGCUCUCGGGCACGUCUUUAUGUACUUCCUUCGCGGCAGCCUACCAUGGCAAGGUCUCAAAGCCGCGACUAAUAAGCAGAAGUACGAGAAGAUCGGCGAGAAAAAGCAGACGACGCCGAUCAAAGAGCUGUGUGAGAGUCUACCCGAAGAAUUUAGCAUAUACUUGAACUAUGUGCGAAAGCUCGGGUUCGAAGAGACUCCGGACUACGAUUUUCUUCGGGAGUUGUUCACGAAGGUGAUGAAGAAUAUGGGAGAGGUAGACGAUCAGAGGUAUGAUUGGAAUGAAUUGAACGGAGGCCGAGGGUGGGAAUCGCAAUUGGGGACAUCGAGCUCAACGCAGCCUACGCAAGAACGUCGUCGAGACGAGCGAGGACGACGAGAGGACGAAGCACGACGACGCGUCUCCGCCCAACCACCAAUGCAGCCUUCACCCGCACUCGUGCGACAUGGUUCCAAGAAGCAUAACAUCCCCGCUGCACUUAUUCCAGGUGUGGCAGGCGGGACGGCAACACCGAAUAGCGCUGCAGCUCAGCAACAAUCACAGGCCGGGCAUCCUUAUGCGAGUGCGCCUCCUGCGUUAGGGGAGUACGGAGCAGGUGAUGACGAUGCGUUUGCUAAUGGGAGUGGAGGAGCUGGAUACGCGCGAACACCGGGUAUGGUGAGCGCUGCUCCGCCUGAGUUGAGUAACGUACGUGCGCGUGGUGGGGAGAUUGGUGUGGCGAAUGGUGGGGAGGGGUAUGAGAGCCAACAUGCUGUGUAUGAUCCUGAGCCUCCGAAACGGAGCUUGCUUGUACGGAUCUUGACGUGCCAUUGUGGAUGA